GCUGGGUAAGUUGAGCAGAGGGAUGGUUGGAUGAGUUUUGGGACGACGGCUGCAGCAGACAGAUGAUGUCAGAGUCCAGCCCCCUCACGUCUCACGUCCUGAACACAGCAGACGGGGUCCCGGCGGCUCGUCUGCCCCUCAGCCUGCACAGACUGGACCCCCGGAUCAUGAUCUGGACCCUGCUGAGUGUCGGGACUACAAAUGAAGAUGGCCGCUGCGCAGGGCUCAUCAGCAGAGAAGCGUUCGGCCCCGGGAUGUACAAACUGCGCUUUGAGACGGGAUCGUACUGGGAGAGUCUGGGUCAGAACUCCUUCUACCCGUAUGUGGAGGUUGUGUUCACCAUCAGUGAGCUGGAGCAGAGGAUUCACCUCCCUCUGCUGAUGAGCCGCUUCUCCUACAGCGUCUACAGAGGAAGCUGAGAGCUGCUGCUUCAUUCGUAUUAGUAACACACAUGUAUUAUUUGUUGACUGUUGAAGUUGAAAUACUGGAUUUUAGAAUUGGUUGUGUUUUAGAUGUGCAUACAUUAUACAUUUUAAAGAAAAAAUGACAUGCCAGUUUCAGCGUCUUUACUGUCUGAAUGACCCUAAAAACAACUAUAUGACUUUGGGAUCAUGACAAACAAGUAAUAAGAAUAUUUGACCAUAUGCUGUGUGAAAUUGAAACCAUGAAACCUUGAAAUAGUAAUGCAUAAUUUCCCCUGUAAUCACUGUUAUUGUCAUUAUUAAUUGGCUAAAUACAUCAAAUCAUUAAUGUAUUAGUUGAUAAAAUGAUCCACAGAUACAUUAACAAUACACAUGUGUUGUAAUAUGAUUUUCCAAGUCAAUUUGUUGCGUUAUAUAAAACAUAAACGUGAAAAAAAAGUCAUCCUAUGUUUUUAUAACAGAGAAGAAGUUCAGUUACAUGAGACUGAAGAAAGCGAGUGAAAUCUGUCUCAGCCAAUCAGAGGGCAUGUCUGUCCCGAGGACCCAUGUCUGGCUUUUCUGAUGCCUGAGUGUAAUAAGGUCUUUUAAAAAAGAAAUAAAUCAGUUUUGUAAUGAUUACAUUGAAAAUAUACCUUGUUGUGUAA